AUUAUCAUAGACGAUGGCUUUUAAUAAUACCUAGCAUAGUGAAGUCUGAAGACUGAAGGUCUAUCUUUGAGCCUAUCCUCAAGCCUCAAAUUGAGGCUUGAGUUAUUUGAGCAGCAGUUUAGUCUAGAAACAGUGUAUUUGAGAAUGACAUGACAAUGUUGCAAGGUUGUGAUCUCAUGAGUACUGACAGAGUGAGACUAAACCAUACUAAUUUGUGUGCAUGAGACAGUUUUCACAGGGGCACGAGCACCAAUGUCGAAUUUUCCCUUAGCUCAAUACAAGUACGUAAUAGAUGAUCGAUAGGGUCCUGUCAAUUCCAUAGUCGUGUAAUCCUACUGUAGUAGUUUUAGAGGUUCUGCUCCUUUUGGAAACUUUCUGGCAGUAGAACCAGCUCUAUAGUGGAUACGGAAAUAAUACCUGCAUAUAAGCACUCAGGUCUACAUUGUCUGCUGUAAUUUGAAACACUCGACUAGGUCAAACGUGAGGUCUUGAGAGUGGGAGCACAUUGAGUUUGAUAAGGCGAGUCUUGUAGUCUGUAGUUCUGCUGUACGUAGUUCUACUGUAAUUAUCCGAGGAUAAAAUUGGUUGCCCUUGCCCUUCUAGUUUGGAUAGUGUGAUUGUGCCAGGGCAAUCUUCUUCUUCUUGACUUGGACUAAAACAUUCCUUCUGAUGACAUGAAGGGAACUGUAGGAUUUUUCAAUUUUGGCAUGUCAGAAGUAUUGCUGUGAGUUGUCCAGGAUCUGGGAUAGGUUCCUUCUUUGCCCAGGUCCUUUUGACAAGGGCUAUUAUCAGAUACAGUAGUACUCUAGCCUUUCAUGCUUCAUCUUGUAGAGCUAACUUCUACAUACUGUGUUCUGUAGCUUCACACACUGCUUUGCCUCUAGUUCCUGGUAAAUACGCUCCAAGUACUGUGUCACAGUGUGUGGGAGGACAGAUAUUGCGGUUUACUCUUGCCCACGCUCAAUUAAAUUUGGCUACGUCAGUAGCAGAUCACAAGACUUAGCGGGGCAGGCCUUCCUUUUUCUUAGUGGCUUCCUUUUUUCUUUCUUUGCUCCUCCAAUUCCCGUAUGGUGUUAACAUUGUGACUAUAAACAACAGAAACAAAAUUGUAACUGAAAAAAGGCCUGCGAAGGAGGCUAGUGAGAUUGACAGACAAACACAGAGAGUGGCUUUUACUCCCUAUAUACUUCAACAUCAUCAUAUCAAACUACGUAUCAUCCCGGACCGUAGAAAUGGCUACCGCUAACCAAGAUCCCAGUGAUAAGUCAACACAAUACAACACUUGCAAGGAGAAAGUGAAGACUUUUGUGGAAGAAUGGAGUAAUAACUUCAAGAUGUGCUACUGUCCCUGUAAGAUCAAUAAGUACGGGAUGAUGGACUCAGAUGAUACUGAUAACGAGACACCGACGAGAGGUGACGAUGAAGAAGACACACACAAGAUGGAACAGCAUACAGUUACACAAAGUAACCUUGAAGACAGCAGUACACACUCAGAAAGUGAUGCUUCCAUUACUCAAGACCCACCAGAGGAAGCCACCUUUGCUCCUACCGAACAACCUCCUUCACCUAUUGAGGAACCAAAAGAAAGUGACCUUGAAGACAACAACACACACUCAGAAAGUGAUGCUUCCAUUACUCAAGACCCACCAGAGGAAGCCACCUUUGCUCCUGCCAAACAACCUCCUUCACCUAUUGAGGAACCAAAAGAAAGUGACCUUGAUGACAACAACACACACUCAGAAAGUGAUGCUUCCAUUACUCAAGACCCACCAGAGGAAGCCACCUUUGCUCCUGCCAAACAACCUCCUUCACCUGUCGAGGAACCAAAAGGAUUUUUUUCACAAACAGAUCGGGUGUCAUUCUCAGACCUUGCCCCACAAACCACCUCUGGAUUCGUGACAACAACACCUGGCUUUCAGUUUCAAGGAGCUGGAAAACAGCUGUUUGCUGUACGAAGUGCGGAUUAUGGUGAAACCAAUCCUGAAGAAGAAAUUGACAUCAAUUUCAAGCCUCUGGUCUCUCCCCCUAAAGUGGCUCCAACCAAGUCCUGGGAUGAUGAGGCUGGUACUUUGUUUACAAAUCGUGGGAAGUUGUUCCGAUUCGAUGACUCUAUCAACCAGUGGAAGGAAAGGGGAGUGGGUGAUAUCAAGAUUCUGCAGCAUGCUGAAACAGGUCGUUGUCGUAUUUUGAUGAGAAGAGAUCAGAUAUUGAAGAUUUGUUGCAAUCAUAACAUCACUGCUGAGAUGACACUGUUGCCGGGAAACACUGACAAGUCGUGGGUAUGGUUUACGCAAUCAGAUUUCACCGAUGAAGAGCCUAAGAAAGAGAAGUUAGCUGUUCGAUUCAAGCAUGUCGAAACAGCUAGAGAGUUUAAAGAAGUAUUUGAACAAUGUGUUAAGAGAGAUACUGAAUAAAACUCAGCGUAGCAUUAUAAACCAAAAAGAAUUUUGAACUCUAUAAAUUGUUUCUGAGUAGUGCUAUGUUCCUAUUUUGUGUAGACUCUAUAUCUUCAAUUUGUAUUUACCUUC